UGAUCGGUUUGUGUCCAGAUGUUGACCAAUGUCUCAAAGGUUAUUGUGAUGUUUGAGCGCUCUGCAGGACACUGACCUGAGUUCAGCUCAAACCGCACACAUCCGACCGUCUCAGCACUCGUCUAUCUACCUGUUCAGAAUGAAGGCUGCUGAUUGGCUGUUGGUUCUGGUGUCCCUGCCCCUCGUCUCCUUCGCCUUCGAUUCGGACAUCUGCAGCGCCAAACCCAAAAACAUUCCCCUGGAGCCGCGCUGCAUCUACCGCAGCCCCGACCCCGAGCCCGAGCCCGGCCAGGGCCCGACCCCGCAGCCGGAGACGAUCCCAGAGUCCACCAACCCCCGAGUCUGGGAGCUGUCCAAGGCCAACAGCCGCUUUGCCCUGUCCCUGUACAAACACCUGGCCCUCGACAAGGCCCCCGAGGCCAACAUCUUCAUGUCCCCCAUCAGCAUCUCCACGGCCUUCGCCAUGACCAAACUGGGAGCCUGCAACCAGACGCUACGGCAGAUCAUGGAGGUGUUUGAGUUCAACGGCAUCAAAGAGAAGACGUCGGAUCAGGUCCACUUCUUCUUCGCCAAACUCAACUGUCGUCUGUACAGAAAGAAGGACAAGACCACUGAGCUGAUCUCCGCCAACCGACUGUUCGGUGACAAGUCUCUGGUCUUCAACGCGACGUACCAGAACAUCAGUGAGGCGGUGUACGGGGCCAAACUGCUGCCGCUCAACUUCAAGGAGAACCCGGAGAAGGCUCGGGUCACCAUCAACGACUGGAUCGCCAACAAGACGGAGAACCUGAUCCAGGACACGCUGCCAGAGGGGGCUCUGGACUCCAACACGAUCCUGGUCCUCGUCAACACCAUCUACUUCAAGGGUCAGUGGAAGAACAAGUUCGACAAAGACAACGUGUACGUCGCGGACUUCCAAGUCAGCGCGGCUCGGACCUGCUCCGUCAAAAUGAUGUACCAGGAGACCAAGUUCAGGUACAAGAACUUCCCCGACGACCAGGUGGAGCUGCUGGAGAUGCCGUACCGCGGAGACGACAUCACCAUGGUGAUCAUCCUGCCGAUGAAAAACACCCCCCUCAGUAAGGUGGAGGAGGGUCUAGACCUGAACAAACUGACGUCCUGGUUGGAUGGGAUGAAGGAGACGACGGUGGCGGUCCACGUCCCUCGCUUCAGGGUCGAGGACAGCUUCAGUGUGAAGGAGAAGCUGCAGGCCAUGGGACUGACGGACCUGUUUAGCUCUGAGAGGGCCAGUCUGCCAGGGAUGUUGGAGGACGGAAGUGAAGGUCUCCACAUCUCCGACGCCUUCCAUAAAGCCUUUCUGGAGGUGAACGAGGAGGGCAGCGAGGCGGCGGCAGCCACCGCCGUCGUGGCCGUUGGCCGCUCCCUCAACUUGAGACGGCCGGUGUUUAUGGCCAACAGGCCGUUUCUGCUGCUCAUCAGAGAGUCCACCAUAAACUCCCUGCUGUUUACCGCCAGGGUGGCGGACCCCUGCGACCAAUGAGAUCCAACAACUGCGUCCAACCCAGCAAGCAUCAAGACGUGACGGCGAUGAAAACAGUCGUUCAAUAACUUCACAUCCAGCGUUUGAUUUUCCCCCACGGACCAUGGUUAUUGAUCACGUGAAGACGUGUAGAGGGGGGAAGUCCCGCCCCUUUCGUGUCCACUACGGGACCUUAUUUCAGAGGGACUAUGUUCGACAGAUCCAUCUUGUUCAGAUCCAGUUUGAGUUACGGAAUAUUACUGUUGACAAACUAGUAUGAGACGGAAAAAGAUGUUGAUGUAAAGAGUAGAGAACUAGGUAUUCUGUUUCUUCUAUCUCUAUAGUCCUUCAUCGUAAAGCUCUGAAUGAAGCUGUGUGUUUGGUACCACAAGGUUUUUUCUCAUUUGAACACAUCAUACAAGCUAUACCUCGCCAGCUAGUGUUGGUGACGCAAAGAUCUCAAUACGUAGACUAAUGAGUCUCUUUAUUAACUAAUAUAUCUUAAGCGCAUUAACAAGAGUUAAAGUGAUUUUGUUUUUGGAGAAUCUGUCAUUAAAAUCAACUGCUCGAUUAGUCGACAAAAUCAGAA